CAUUCUGGGAGUUCAAAACAAAAAUACUGAAAUUCUUUGAAAACUACAUUAUUAUAGUCGUCAAUAUACAGCAUAACAAAGCUAAAAACAUUGUCUUAGUCUGAAACCAAAGACUUAAUUAUAUCCAACAGUUGAUAUGGAUGGUUUUGGUAUGUUUACAAUGACGUUAUCAAUGUCGGUUAUAUUUUGACUUCUGCGUAAUCUGCAAGGUAAAUAAACGGCAGGUUUUUAAAGUUUGAGAUCAAGAUUUUACAAAAGAUCCCGAUUACAUAUGUGUUAACGAGGAAGUUAAAACAGGACGAGAUUCAGGUAGGUGUCAGCUUUAGCUUAAUCGUCAGAUUUGAAUACAUUUUACGUUAUUUAGGGUUUUGAUAUGUAGCGCUCUCUAGUGGCGGCGUUUCUCUGCAGUCGGUUUAUUGCUGUCCGUGUUUUGUGGGUCAGUCUUGUUAUGAAGUAAAAGUAAAUAAAACAAAUAAAAAAGUUUGCCAUAGAGUAUGACCGACUUAGACGUGAGGGGGUCAACAAACAUAGGCUAAAUUUGAUUUCACUUUUAUCGAAAUAAAAAAUAGGCCUAUGCUUUAAGAUUAAAUCAACAAAAACAUGGAAAUUGAUGAAGAAAAACUUGAUUGAUUACCAAUUAGAACAAUCGUGACAAGCAAACAUGAAUUUAACUCCAAUGUACCACUUAGGGCUCAUUAAGUAUGUCUUCAAUCAUAUUUUCUCCUUUAGCUUUCAAAAUGGAGAUGACAUAUCAACAGAAAAUUGAGUCGGGCCGCUGGUGUAAGUUUUCAGAAAAAGCUGUGGUACAUGAUGACAUCCCACCUGAUCCUUCACUGGCCUUAGAAUACAUAGACAGAGGAACAUGUCAUGUGGGCACACAGUUCUCUAAGUUUUGGUCACAGCAUGAGGUGACUCCAUUCCACACUGAACAAGUCUCACAUGGAAUGAACCAUGUUGAAGGUGGUUGGCCAGAAACAAUCAGUGCUAACAAUGAUGAGCUGACUCUACGCUACAGAAAGAAAGUGCAGAAGGAUGAGUCUUAUCAGCAGACAGUUAUUGAGACUGUUUCUGUUAUGGAAAAUUACAAGCAGAAAGUCUUUGAAAAGUCCCAAGUUUAUUUCAAAGAUAACAGAGUGGUGGUCAAAAGGGAGGACAUGGCAUCAGCAAGGAUCAUAAAUGUGCUCAGAGACCCAAAAAAAGAGAAGCGUGCAGCCACCAGCUUGUCCUGGCACCCAGUUGAUAAUCAUAAACUAGCUGUGGCCUACUCUUGUGUGGAAUUUCAAAGAGGACCCAAAAACAUGAGCUCUGACUCCUAUAUAUGGAACAUUGAAAACAACAAACAGCCGGAGAUGACCCUGAAAUCCGUAUCCCCUCUUGUUUGUCUAGAGUACAACCUCAAAAAUAUUAGCAUCCUUAUUGGGGGAAGCUACAAUGGACAGAUUGGCUAUUGGGACACACGGAGUGGCAGCCAACCAGUACAGAUAUCCGCUAUUGAACAUAGCCAUAAAGAUCCUGUCUACAAAGUCAUCUGGCUGCAGACAAAGAUAGGCACUGAAGCUUUUUCAGCUUCUACAGAUGGUCAGGUACUGUUCUGGGACAUUCGUAAUAUGAGUGAGCCCACAAAGCAGCUAAUUUUGGACCCCGCUAAGAGCAAAAACCUUAACAAUGCAUUUGGUGCAUUCUCAAUGGAGUUUGACAACACUAUGCCCAAAUUUUUAGUGGGCACAGAACAGGGGCUUGUGGUCUUGUGCAAUCGCAAGUUAGAGACCACAGAUGAGCCGAUUGUUUGCACAUACAGCGGUCACCUUGGCCCAGUUUACGCCGUGCAGAGGAACCCCUUCUUCCCAAAGUACUUCUUGACUGUGGCUGACUGGACGGCCCGCAUCUGGUCAGAGGACAUCAGAUUGUCUUCCAUCAUGUCGACCAAAUACCACACAAGCCAUCUGAUGGAUGGCUGUUGGAGUCCAGUCAGACCCGCUGUCUUCUUUACAGUGAAGAUGGACGGCACCUUGGAUGUGUGGGACAUAUUGCUUAAACAAAAGGACCCGGUUCUCAGUCUCAAAGUUUGUGACGAAACUCUGUACAGUAUCCGUGUAAAAAAUGACAGCCCUUUGAUGUGCUGUGGUUCUCAGUUGGGAACAGUCACGCUGCUGAAGAUGUCACCAAACCUGUGCACCCUGCAGAGUAAUGAGAAGGGACUUGUCUCAGAGAUGUUUGAACGUGAGACCAAAAGAGAGAAGAUUCUUGAAGCUUUUUACAAAGAAAGGAAUCAAAUGAAACAGAGCUGCCCUAAAGAGGAGGAGGAUGGAAGAGCAGAAUUACAGGAACUGCUGGCUGAAACAGAGACUGAGUUUUUUGAGGCUAUUAAUGUAGAGAAGAAGAAAAUACAAGUUGAUGAGAAAUAACAGGAAAACAGUGUGUCAAGGAAUCCAUGAAUAACACUUCUUCUAAACAUGCCAAAAAAGGAGCAUCUUCCACUUGCAAAUAGAGUUUAAAAUAUUUCUAUCUAAAGUUAAUUGAAAUAGGUACCAAAGUCAUUUGUCCCUUCUAGCCCACCCCAUCUUUUUAAAUAUGUAUUUUUUUAAAGGACAUAAUUUUAGCAUUAACAAUUGUAUACUAAUAAAUUGUAUA